AUGAGUUAUUAUGAAAUUUUAAACAUUGGCUAAGAUGCCAAGGAGGAAGAAAUCAAAAAGGCAUACAGGCAAAAGGCUCUGGAGUAUCAUCCGGAUAAAACAUAAUAUGAUAUCUAUGAAGCAAGAGAAAAGUUUAGGGAGUUAGAUGAAGCAUACAAAGUAUUAUCCAAUGAUGAUAGAAGAGCUCUUUACGAUGUUUACCAUCGCCACAAAGCAUUAUUUGAGAAAAAUCAGGAAAUAGGAUCAUAAAUGCAAAAUUAAUUGAAGAAAAUAUUUUUAGAAUAUGAAGACUACUACCAAUAGAAUUCGUUCUUGAACGAUAGCAUACUAGACUAAAUACCUAUGAUAAAUUUAGAUUUGUUGAUAAAAAUAUACAACACUCGCCAUCAAAAAUAAAAUUACUACAAUUACUAUAAAUAAUUAUCUCAUUCAAUUAUGCAGGACAUAGAAGAUUCUGUUGAGCGAGAGUGCUCUGUACCUCCACGUUAAACUUCGGCAGGAAACAAAUUUUAAAAAAAUUUAUAAACACUCAUUUCUAUGAAUGGGUAAUCUUAUAGAAAUAAUUCUUAGCAAUAGAUUUACCCCAAUAAAAAGAAUGUUUAUAACAGCUUGCCACCAAAAGUUAAAUUUGGAUAUGAUUCAAGCGAUUCAAAUACAGAUCAAUUGCAUAUAAAUAAAAAGCCGUAUGAAAGUGACGAAAGCUCUAACACUUAAAAUUAAUUCUUUAAAAAGCAACAGAAUCAAAAUACUAAUAAUUAAGGAUAUUCUACAAAUUCUUUUUCACAUCAAAGCAAAACUUAAGAGUAAAUUGAAGAUGAAUUAAUGAAUGAAGAUGAUGAAGAAGAAUUAGUAUUAAAUAAGGAGGAUAUAAAUAAAUAUCCUAUUGAUUUAGAUGACGAUGAAGAAUAAGAAGGUGAUGAUAAUUACAAUUAAUAAGAAAUGCACAACAAUCAAUUUAGCUAAAAUCAAUAUUAGGGAAAUAAAAGUAAUAUCGAGAAUCCCUUAGAGUCAUGGAUUCGUCAAUAAGAAAACAAUAGAUAACAGGUAUCUCCUCAAAUGCAAAAUUUUUAUCAGCAAUAUUUCAAUCUUAUAAAUAAUUACACUAACAACACAAAAAAUAAUAAUAAUAAUAAUAAUAAUAAUAAUAUGUUGGUAAAAAGAGGUGGAAAAAGCAAAGGAGCAAUUAAUGAAAACGAAAUUAACGAAAAUGAUCCUUUAAGUCUCUAUAGAGACAGGGUCUAUUCUAAUGAUUAUCCUUCUAACACAUUAUAAAGUAUGAGCGAAAAAGACAAAGAAAACUAUAACGUAAUUGCUUAUAAUGGUUCAUCUAAUUAUUAAUAGCCAAUUCAUAAUUACUAACAUAAUAAACCACAACAACAAAAGCUAACAAAAAAGCAAAUUAAAACUUUGUGGCAGCAAACUCAGCAAAAAAAAGUAAUAAAAAGAAUCAGUAAGAAACAACCUGUAUUCAAAUUAAUUAAGAAAACAGAUGUUAAACGUCCACCAAUUAAAUGGUAAUAACUUUAAGAAAAAAUCUAGCAAGUUUAGUAGCAAUUACAAUAGUAUUCUCAAUUUAUCAUGAAGUAUAGAAAUAAGAAGAAUCAACCGUCAAUUAUGGAAAUUUCUAAAUAAAAGUAUUUAGAGUUGGUUGAGAGGAAGAAAAAGUUAUAUGAGGAAUAAAAUAAUUUUAUACAGAAAGAAGAUGAGUUGGAUGAUUAUGAUGCCACAUUAGAUGAAAAUGAAUUAGAGUGUGAGUAAUAUUGCCUAAUAAAUACCAAUUAAAACAAUGAGUACUAAAUGAAAAAAAAUAAUAAUAACAAUACUAAUUAAAAUUUACAAUCUUAAGUUUCCUUUGAAUAGGUUAAUCAAAAUUAAGUACCAUCUAAUUAAUAAGCAGAUAAUUAGAAUUAGGAUUAAUAGUUAUAACAGUAAGACGGAUAAUAAUAAUUGGAGUAUUUAAAUGAAGAGGAUUUAUUGCAGAGAGUUAAUGAUUACAACAAUAAUAAAUACAUUAAUGAAGAAGAAAAGUAUAAUUUGUCAGAAAAUAAUCAAGAAUUUGAAGAUCAAGACUAUGGAUUCAACCAGCAAAUGCAUGAUGAAAGCGAUAUGCUUAACUUCAAUGAUUCUCAAGGAUAUUCAUCAAUCUCUCAAGAUUAAAAUAUUUAAUAGUAUAUGAAUGAAAAUAAAGAAGAUGCUGAAAGAGUCAUGAAAUUAAUUAUUGAUUAAUAAAAUUAAGUAGCUUAAAAUAAGGAGCCAAUUUGCUCUAAUCCUGCUGAAAAAUAAAUGCAAGAAAACAAUUUUAUUAGUGAAAAUCAAUAAUAAGGUGAAUAAUUACUCAAAAAUUAAUCAAACGAAGUUAAAUUUGGUGAUUAAUACUAUUAAAACGAGUAUCAACAACCUGAUUUUAUUCCAAAUCAAACAAAUUAAAAUAAUAAUUUAAUUACUUCUUCUGAUGAAAGAUAGCAAGAAUACAAUUAUGAAUUGGACUAUAAUAAAAACAAUAUGCCAGAGGAUUUUAAUUUCAAUGAUCCCCCUAAUUUUAUUUAUUAAGAUUAAAUUCCAUUUAGCUAAGAUAACUUUAUGGAGACUCCAAUUAAAAAGAAUAAUUUUUACAUCUAAGAAACUCCAUAAGUAAAUCUUUAGCAAUUUAACAAUGCCAACGAUGAAUUUAGCUAUUCUAAUUAAGCAAAAAACAAAACUAGAGCCAAUAAUUUCUAACAUCAAGAAAAUGAUGUCUCUGAGUUAGAUCAACAGAAUUUUAAAAAUGAUGAAAGUUCAUACUAAUAUUUACACCACGAAGACGACUACAACAAUCAUUUUAAUAACCAACAAGAUUUUAAUUUUGAAUAAAAUAUUUGA